AUCCUACUCUAAAAAUAGGCUCCAGAUUCAAAGUUUGUAAGACUUCUUUUGCCGCCCUGCCACACUCCACAGAGCCCAGCCACCUAGAGCACCUGCCCAAGCUCACAGCCUCCUGCACGGCCCAAGCUCCAUGGAGAAGAUGUCAUCAGCAGGUUUGAACGCCGGGAAGAAAAAUGCAUACACAGCAAUCAAAGUGGAUCCUGAUGGAGAUUACUGUACCCCAGGUGCAUUUGAACUGGAGCGGCUCUUCUGGAAAGGAUGCCCAAAGUACACUCAUGUCAAUGAAGUCUGGCCCAACCUCUACAUAGGAGAUGAGAAAACUGCGUUAGAUCGCUACAGCCUUGAGAAGGCAGGCUUCACUCACAUCCUCAAUGCAGCUCACGGUCAGCGCAAUGUGGAUACGGGACCAGAAUAUUACCAAGACAUGACUGUGGAGUACCAUGGAGUGGAAGCAGACGAUCUCCCCACUUUCAAGCUCAGCCAGUUCUUUUAUUCUGCUUCUAAAUUCAUUGAUAAUGCGCUUCAGGAUGAAAGAAACAAGGUCCUCGUGCACUGUGCUAUGGGUCGCAGCCGGUCAGCCACAUUGGUCUUGGCUUACCUGAUGAUUUACAAGAACAUGACAGUGGUGGAUGCCAUUGAGCAAGUAUCACGGCACCGAUGCAUUCUGCCAAACAGAGGCUUCUUGAAGCAACUGAGAGAACUGGACAUAGCGUUGGCACUGCAGAGGAGGAAUACCAAAAACAGCCUACCGUCCAACGACGAUGAGAACAGCACGACAGUCUAGUAUUGCUCCUGGCAGGGUUGUGCUACUUGAAAAUAAACUCUAUAAAAGGAGGGGAGGAAAAGCUGUAGUUAAUCGCACAGUCACAAGGCUCGUUUGUUAUCUAGAAAGAAAAAUAUCAAAACCAUUUAAAACGCUGUCAGGAUGAGAAAGAAAAGAAGUCAAAUUUAAAACCUAUCAUCUUAAGAUAUCCUAACUUUAACAGAAAUCUCAACAUUAACAAAUCUUCCCUGUAUAAAAUUUAUUCAGCACAAAACCAGGCAUAACUUAAAUGAAAACAUCUGAGUACCCCUAAAAUCCUGAUUCUAGUCCAAGUAUAUGACCUUUAAAAGAGAGAAACUAGCAAUUCCUGAAGAGCUUUUGCAGGAAAAAUGUUGAGAUAGUUGCAACACAGACAAAUUGUUUAGUCCCAUCGUCCUGAAGAAUUUCCCAGAAGUUUGCCUUUUAUGUUCUUUCCUGGCACUGCCAUUUCUUCACAUAAUCUACGAGCAGCAGUGUUCAGAGAGCCUCCAAACAAGUCUUCACAAUGGACUUUGCAGCAGAAUAUGCAAACUAGAAACAAAGCAAAGUCCUUGAUAAGAUCAGAUGCAUGAACAGACACAAUGGGUAACAGUUCAGGUAGAUACACACACAUCGUUUUAGCAGCUUCAUUUCUAACUUGCUUUUCCUAAAACUCAGGCAGCUGAACCCUUUAAAUUCAACACACACAUUAUCCAACUCAAUUUAUUAGGCCACACACAACCCCCUUCUCUCAGAGAAAAACCCACCACACUGAGAAAAUUAUGCUUUGUGACUUGUUUUCUUCUACUUCUGACAAUACACAAGAAAUAUACUGUGUCCUUGAUAUUGCUACAGAGAAGUUCCCAUGGAAGUCCCAAAGCCCUCUAAAAAAAUCAUCGAUAAUAACCAGUUUUCAUUAGAUUUUAGUUACGCUUAAGAAGACAAAAGAUACAAAUGAAGCCUUUAAAAAGCUAUCUCUGUGUACUAACAAGUAGAAAGCUGCUGCUGUACCUCCAGAUACCACUAACAAAUAUUUACUUACAAGGUAGCUUCAAUCAUCCUAAUACAUUACUGUGCUCAAAAGCAAUUGCUAAUGUUAUUUAUUGACAAUAAUCUAAAUAUGCAAAUGGAGACGCCAGAUCUACUUUUCCACCUGAAGUUAUUGAAUUUAAUACAUCAGUAAUUGUGUUUAGACACAACAGGAGUUUUAUCACCUCAACAAUACUACACCUUAAAACAUACUAUAGGAGAAGGAUCAAAAUUGAACCACAUUUACCUUUCUUCCAGCCAUGAAAAGGGUGUUAUCACUCUCUCCAUUGGAAUUUUGUUUAAUUCAGUGGAUCAGUUACAAGUUAUUCCCUCUUCUACCCUGCAUGGUAGCUUGAUGACUACUGUAACUGGAAGAGAAUCUGUACCUGAUUUGCAUGCACAACUGCACAUUAACAGGGUUUUCUGGAGCCUGGAGAUAGGACAUUCUUUUGCAAAAUUGUGAAAAUAGAUGGGGAAAUUUUUGCUUUCCUGGGGCUCUGCUGCUUUAAGGGGAAACUAAUAGAUCCUUCGAAGAGCAGUCCCCAUCUACUGAUUGGAAACAAAAUACAAGAAAGCCAUAAGUAGGUCCCACUCAUUUGUCCUGCACACAAGAUUAGGAAAUUGGCAAAUAGCAACACUGAUGUAGCAACAGAAAAAUGUACCUACAAUUUCCAAAGGAUGGGAUUCCAAGCUAUUUAUAAAUUAGGAGCUGUCAUUCUAGCGUGGAAAUGAAAAAGCAGCAUGUGAAGGAAAAAAAAAAAGAAGAAGAAGAAGAAAAGGAGAUCAGUAGAACCCCAUAUUCCAUUAUUUCUACAAAUACUGUGUAAAGGUGUUAAGCAUGAUUUCUCCAAAUGGCUGAGGUUGGCAGGGACCUCUGGGUCCAUCUGUUCAAGCAGGGACAUUCAUCACCUCUCUAAUCAACCUGCACCAAUGCUUAAGCCACCCACCCACUGAAGAAGUGCUUCAUGAUGCUCAGAGGGACCCUCCUGACAGAUUGUGCACACUGCCUCUUGUCCUGGCACAGGCACAACUGUAAGGACCCUGGCUCUGCCCUGUUUGCACCCUCUCUUUAGGUAUUUAUGGAUACUGAUGAGAUCCCUCUGAGCCUCCUCUUCUCCAGGCUGAACAGGCCCAGCUUUCUCAGCCUCUCCUCACAGGAGGAGUGCUCCAGGUCCUUGGUGGCAGUCUGCUGACCUUUUACCAGCAUGUCCAGGUCUCUCUUGUACUGAAGGCCCCAGAAUUGGACAUGGCACUUCAGGUGUGGCCUUCCCAGUGCUAAGCAGAGAGGACGCUUCAGCUCCCAGGACCCACAGGCAGUACGUCGUCCAGUGCUUAAUACUUAAGCUCAUUUAAUCAUAGUUAGUAGACUGGGGGAAAAAAUGACUCAAGUCAUGAUGAAGCGAAAACUGUCAUUCACUGCAUAUUCUUAUAAAUCCCUUCCCAUCCCACAAAGCCCAAGCAACAACUUUUGAUCGUACAUACGUCAGAGUUUCACUACAGAAGAGCUAACCUGUAUUACUAUACAGGACAUAAACAACCCUGAAUAUAGUUUUAAUAUAGAGAAUGAUGCUCAAUAACUGGAAAAGAAAAACUGUCAUGGCUCUUUACUCCCCUUGGUUGAUUUGCUUGCUCCUAAAUCUCAGUCUCCACAGAAGAGAUUGUAAUAGGACAAUCCUAAGCACUACAGGUAGUGCUAUCAGGCCCACUCUUUCUUAAUUUACCUCCCUCUAUGCUGUUAUUUGUUUCCAUCAAACAACUAUUAGUCUGUUAGACGGUCAUAAUAAGCAUCCAAUAGAACUGAAACACUGAAAGCGGGGUAAUGUCAGAAUUUCAGACUUCUACAAGUCCUCUGUUUCUGCUCACAUUACAUAGCUUCUUACAAAAUAAGUAAACAACUGGUUGUGUUUUGCAUACUGCUAUGAGAACAGGUAGCAAGAACAUCACAACACUUACCACUCCUGUCUCUCCAAAAGUGAUAGAAUGCAGCUUCCAGGAAUACUGCGAUCCACCCGCUUCCAUAUGAACGAGGUUCUGCUCCAAUGGCAAGCAUCUUCCUUAGAACCAGGUCUUGCCUUAAGCAUUCUGCUGGUAUAGCUAUGCCAAUUAAACAAUUCUAAAGUAAACAUACUUCAUUAUUCACUUCUCAGGUUCUUUCCCUUCAGCUUCUGAUUCUGGGAGAAUCAAUUAG